AUGAAAUUACAAGUUAUCAGAUUCUUCGUCUCUCUGGUUUUGUGGCGUACACGUUAAGCAGUGAACAAAGGCAAAAAUCGUGUCUUCCCGCAUAACAAAAGGAGCCAACGGACAUUGGUCGGUUUUCUUUUCCCCUUCCAUUUCUGGCAACAUCCCGUUCGCCCAGAGAAUUUUCUCUCCUUUUCUCGGCUGAGAUUUUCCUGGAAACGCCGGAGCUUUCAUUUCCCAGAUAAGUUUCUCUCUCCCCAGAAGCUUGGUUUUUCUCAAAGCUUGCUUUUUGAGCUGAAUUGGGGGCCGGCUGCUUCUCUUUCGGUUGGGAUUUGUUUUAAUUUGGUGGGCAGUGACAAAUCCUAAUUUGGAGGGAAAAAGUUGAUGAAUUUGUCAUUUUUAUGGUUGGGGAAAGAUAUCCCAGUUGAGCUUUCAAGGUAGUAGCUUCAGAUUUUCCAGGAGGAGGUUUUUUGGGUGCAUUUGGCUUCUGGGAAAAGUGCUUUUCUUUUGCUUCUGGUACUGAGUUUUGAGCAUUGAGGUCUGUAGUGAGAUUACGUUUGAGUUUUCGGUGUAGCUCAAACGUAUUGUCUGAGUUGUUGAGUUUAUGAUGGGGAAGCAAAGAGGAAAAAAGAAGAAAAAUGCAGGAGAAAUUUCAGGUGAUAGUUCGAAUCAAAGCGAAGUCGGGGAUACUAGCCCGGAAGCCAAUGAUAAGGACACAGAAGCUUUCAUCUCGAUGUCUCAAGAACUGAAGGACGAGGGGAACAAGUUGUUUCAGAAGAGGGAUGUUGAAGGAGCUUUGUUGAAAUAUGAGAAAGCCCUCAAACUGCUUCCGAGAAACCAUAUCGAUGUAUCCUAUCUUAGGAGUAACAUGGCAGCGUGCUAUAUGCAGAUGGGGUUGAAUGAGUAUCCGAGGGCUAUCAAUGAGUGUAAUUUGGUGCUUGAAGUCACGCCUACGUACAGUAAGGCGCUGUUGAAGAGGGCAAAGUGUUACGAGGCUUUGAAUAGGUUGGAUUUGGCUCUGAGAGAUGUUGGCACUGUCUUGAACCUGGAGCCAAAAAAUGUCAUGGCAAUGGAGAUCGCAGAACGGGUGAAAAACGUACUUGAGGAGAAGGGGUUGAGGGUGAAUGACACAGUAAUUGAGUUGCCUCUGGAUUAUGUUGAACCAAGUCAUGCUUUGCAGCCAGGGAAAGUAAUGAAGUUGAAGAGUCGGAAGAAGAAGAAGGGAAAAAAAGAUGCUGGGAUGAAGUCCGAGGAGAAUUUUGAGGAGAAGGCUGAGGAGAAGAUCGAGGAAAAGAAGGCUGUGGACGUAGCUGAGGAAGAGAAGUCUGUGGAAAUAGCUGAAGACAAGAAGGAUGUGGAAAUAACCGAGGAAAAGAAGGUAGAGGUCAAGGUAGUUGUGGAGGAGACAAUCAGCAGCAUAAAGGAAGAAGGGCCUAAAAGAAGUGUGAAAUUGGUAUUUGGAGAGGAUAUAAGAUGGGCUCAGUUGCCUGUAUAUUGCACCCUCCUGCAACUAAGAGAGGUUGUUCGUGACCGGUUUCCAAGCUCCAAAGCAGUUCUUAUCAAGUAUAGAGACCAAGAAGGUGAUUUGGUCACAAUAACUAGUAACGAAGAGCUGAGAUGGGCUGAAGGAUCAACAGAAUCGGAAGGGUCUGUCAGGCUUUACGUAGUGGAAGUUAACCCCAAGCAGGAUCCCUUCUUCGAGAAACUGGAAAUCGAGGAAAACAGGCAACAUAGCGUAGCUGAGAAUGGCGUGGUAAAACACAAGGAUACAAAGAGGCCACCUUGCAUUGAGGAUUGGAUAAUCAGUUUUUCUCAGCUGUUCAAGAACUAUGCCGGGAUUGAAUCUGAUGCAUACUUGGAUCUUCAUGAAUUUGGCAUGAAGCUUUAUUCGGAGGCAAUGGAGGAGACAAUCACGAGUGAAGAAGCACAGGACCUGUUUGACAUAGCAGGAAUGAAGUUCCAAGAAAUGGGAGCUUUAGCUCUGUUCAACUGGGGAAAUGUUCACAUGGCCAGGGCGAGGAAGAAGGUGUAUUUCACCGAAGAUCCUUCGAAAGAAUCUAUCAUUUCAAAUAUCAAAAGUGCAUACGAUUGGGCACAGAAAGAAUACAUACAAGCAGGAAGGAGAUACGAAGAAGCGCUGCAGAUCAAACCAGACUUUUAUGAAGGCUAUCUGGCCCUCGGGCAGCAGCAGUUUGAACAGGCAAAACUUUCUUGGUAUUAUGCUAUUAGCAGCAAUGUUGAUCUGGAGACGUGGCCUUCCACAGAGGUUCUGCGACUUUAUAACUACGCCGAAGACAAUAUGGAAAAAGGCAUGCAGCUGUUUGAGGAAUUGGAAGAGCAACGCCUGACUGAACCGUCCUGUCCAAGUAGUGUCAAGACUCAGGUGCAGAAAAUGGGUUUGAACGGAAUUUUCAAAGACGUAUCAUCAAAUGAAGCUGCAGACCAGGCUACAAGCAUGAGGUGUCAGAUCAAUCUCCUAUGGGGCACUAUGCUCUACGAGCGAUCUAUUGUUGAAUUCAAGUUAGGACUACCUGUAUGGAACGAAUGUUUGGAAGUCGCAGUUGAAAAAUUUGGGCUCGCCGGGGCUUCACCAACAGAUAUAGCAGUCAUGCUCAAAAACCACUCUUCAAAUGAUAAUGCAUUAGAAGGUCUGGGGUUCAAAAUUGACGAGAUAGUUCAAGCUUGGAACGAGAUGCAAGAAGCGAAAAAGUGGCAGACUGGAAUUCCAUCAUUCCGGUUAGAACCAUUACUGCGAAGACGAGUUUCCAGAAUUUAUUCUGCCUUGGAGCAUGCUUGAGCUUCACGGUAUCAGGUUUGGGUGCUUGAAAAUGUAGCAUUGCACUAGACACUUUCACAACCAUGUUCCCACGGGUUGGAUCAUAUAAUCAUGCACAUUGAGGUUUUCUUGCUACUGCCCUGUAAACUACAUUCAGGCUUCUAGCUAUGAUCUAUUAGUUUUAUACACAGUGGAUAGUUUGUGGAUUCAAAUUCUGAUGUGAGUAGAUUGUUCAGAAACCAAGUUCUUUUCUUUCUCUUUCGAUCGUAAGGAGGGUCGGAGGUGAAGUUGCAGAUCUUCAUUUUAGUCAGUUUCUGCGUUCAUCUGCUUCGCUUUACAGUUUCUGUCCGAAUAUUUGUACUUGUUACUGAAGUGUCGACGUCGACGACGGCAUGUUCUUGAUUGUAUUUUUUGUGAAAUCCAUGUUAUUUUGGGGUUUAAUUCAACAUUAAUUUGAUAAAUGUAGUGUGUUUUAGGGGGAAAAUUUGUACCGGAAUACGAGGUUCAUGUUACAAACAUCA